UGCAUUGAUUAGAAAUUAUUACUUUUAUAAAAAAAAUUAACAGAUUAUUAUAGUUAAUUUAAAUUACUGAAACAUGUCGAUAAACGAUUCAAUGAGUGAUGAACUUAGCUGGAAGAAACCGAAGAAUAGCAUUAUUUCAGAUCAUCUUGAAAAUGAAAUAUUUAAGACCUUAGUUACAAAUAACUGGUGCAAUUAUAAGGAAAUUAAGACAGAUCAAUUUGAAAUUAUAACAAAACCUUUUAGAGUUUGUAAAAUAUCUAAUUUUCUGGAUAAUAAACAUUUUCUAAAGAAACUCAAAAGUGAAAUAGAGGAGAUCACAUAUCAAAGAAAGUUUACCGACCUACAUCAUUUUGAACAAUCAAAUGACCUUAAAUCUGUGACCAAAUAUAAUAUAAAAGUUUUAUAUUCAACUUUCCAAAAAGAAAUGACUAAGUGGAUGAAACACGUUACAAAAAUUGAACUAAAUAAUAAAAUCUCAAUGUCAAGUUCAGUUUACAGUGAUGCAGAUUACUUGCUUUGCCACGAUGAUAAUAUGGGUGAAAGAAAAAUAGCUUAUAUAUUGUAUCUUUCAUCGAAAUGGCUUCCUGAAUAUGGAGGAACCUUGGAUCUUUUCGAUACAGAUGAAAAUGGACUUCCUCGGAACGUAGUACGAUCUCUGCUACCAGAGUUUAAUUCACUUGUCUUUUUUGAAGUUACUGACAACUCUUUCCAUCAAGUAGCAGAAGUGCUUACCUCAGAAAAAACUCGUUCGUCCAUUAAUGGCUGGUUCGAGGGUCCAAUAACUAUUCCAGAGAAAAAUAGACCGCUAAGACCUGUAUUACCAUGUAAAUAUAUUGAACCAAUGGAUAUGGAAAUUAACUUACAGUCAUGGAUAAACUAUUUGUAUAUAGAAAAAACACAAAUUAAAUCUAUCCAGAAGAUGAUAGAAAAACAGUCUUAUUUAUUAAUUGUCAAAUUUUUCUUAGACAAUGUAUAUGAUAAGCUUUCAAAAGAAAUUGUCUCUGAAAACAUUUGUUGGAAAAAACUUGGCCCUGCCGAUGAACGUAACUAUGAAAUAGCUGAUGAAACGACUCUGCCAAGAUUUUUGAAGAAUUUUUAUGAUAUGUUUAAAUCUAAGGCCUUCUUUAAUCUUCUUAAAAGUUAUACAGAAUUGGACCUUGUUUCAAUGGAACCAAAUAUGAAACCAAAAAUGACCAUUGAAUUGCAAAGAUGGACGCAAGGUUGUUAUACAUUAAUAGUCGAUAAAUCCAAUAACCAACAAAAUGUAAAAGAUAUUGAAAUGCAGAAAACAAAGUCUGAUGUGCUUAAUAUAGCUUUACAAGAAAGUAAGAAAAUAUUUUCAUCGGAAUCUUCUGGUACUGACAGUAAAGAAACUAAUAGUAGCAAAGAAAUCAAUGGUAGCAAAUAUUUUACAAUUAGUAAUAAAAGUAAGAAAAAUUUAUCUAAAUCAGGAAGCAGCGAAAAUUCCGAAUCUACAAGUUACAGUACUAUCGGUACAAAUAUAGGAAAGAGACAUGGUACACCUUUAGCUAAUAAUGAAUGUGAGGAGGAAUCAGAAGUGAAAAGAAAUAAAAUAUCUAAGGAAGUUGAACCAGAUAUGAAAUGGCGAGAUCCUGCAUUAAGAUCAGACAUUUCUCGUUAUACUGCUACUAGUGAUAUCUCGUCUAAAAUAGUGAACAUUGAUGAUGUUUAUUAUCAUUCGAAUGGUCACUACUCGAGGGAAAUGGAAGAAAAACGAGAAUAUGAUGAAUAUGAAGAAGAAGAAGAAGAUAAUGAACAUACAAAAGAAGAAGAAGAAGAUGAAAUGAAUAUUGAAAUUGAGAAUGGAGAUGAAGUUGAAGAUGAAGAUGAAGAUGAAGAUGAAGAUGGAAACGAAGACGGAAACAAAGAAGGUUUUUUGGAUGUAAUCCUCCAAUUUCAUACAAAAAAUAUGCAUACGACGAAUACAAUAGAUUAUAUUAAACCUAAUAAGAAACACGGUUUGUGUAUUCAAAUACCUGCGGGCGACAAUAAUUUAUCUUUCGUUUAUAGAACUGGAAAUGUUACUCGUGUUCACAAAUAUGUUAAUCAUUAUUUUAAUGGUUAUUUCUAUAAUUUAAUAUGUACAUAUACUGAAUAGUAUUAUCGCGUUGAGAUGCGCAAAUUUUUUAACGGCUGUUAUACUUUGAUACUUUGUUUAAAUACAAACAUUAUUUUUUCGAAAAAGAUAAGUAUAAUGUAUUUCAAUUAACAGAUGAUCAAUCAAUGCUCGAGAUCACAUAAAAGAUUUUAAAAAAUUGAUCUUUAAAAAGAAAUAUUAAAAUAAAAAU